AUGUCGGCCUCUCACGAUGGUUUCCAAUACAGCACGUCUAUUGGCAUGGGUAGCCUUCGCCUGGUCCGAAUACUUGACUGCGGAGGCUCCAAAACUCAGCCGUUAGCUCUUCUCCUCGAAGAACACCCUCUGACUAACCUGCCAGCAUACAACGCCCUCUCAUACACAUGGGGCUCUCCUGUCGCAACUCAAGAUCCGGACCUUCAUCCAGUGACAAUCCUCCUCAACGGCCGCAGCUUUGAUGUCUUGCCAAACCUCCACGAUGCCCUCGUUUGGAUCAGAGCGCGCAAUGCAUACGGCCUCUACUGGAUCGACGCAAUCUGCAUCAACCAGGCAGACACCACGGAGCGCGGGAUCCAGGUCGGCAUCAUGGACCACAUCUAUAAACUGGCCGCUCGCGUCGACAUCUGGCUCGGUUCCGUUACGGAAGACGACUGCCCUGCCGAGGUCUCGCGGCUCGUCCACACGAUGGCAGACAAUACACGCGCUGACUUCGAAUACACGUCCGAAGACACCUUAUUCGACGAUGCCACGCGGAGAAGAUAUGGGCUUGCGGAUGUGUCAGAAGACGUCUGGUACGCCUUCAUCGCCUUCUUUGACAGGACAUGGUUCAACCGCGUCUGGGUGGUCCAAGAAGUGGCUCUCAGCAAAGACGCCUGCGUGCUCUGGGGCGACGAAGUAGUCCCCUGGGAAACCGUCGCGUACUGCUCGGACUUCCUCUACGAUAGCCGUCUGUACGAACAGCUAUCCGAGAUGCUCUACGAGAAUAAUCCGACCGUCAAGGGCAGCCACGUCGGCAGCAACUCGUCGGGCAUAGUCGCCAUUCAGCGGUGCAGGCACGGCAUCCUGACCGGCUGGGAUGGCAUGACGCUCGAUCACAUCGUCGGCGGUCCCACAAGUUCAUCUCAAGACGGCUGCGGCAAAACCUACUGCGCCGGUGCGCUCCUCUUUCUCAUGCUCCGCUUGACCUGUGGCGUCGAGGCAAGCGACCCCAGGGAUCACGUUUUCGGGCUCAUGGGCAUCCUCAACCUCCUGCUCGACCUCAGCGGCCGCGAACGAACAGAGAUACAGCCGGAUUACCGCGUCUGCUCGACAUCCGUCAGCGUAUUCAUAGAGACAGCCGUAUUAAUCUUGGAGGACUGCAACAACCUCACACUCUUGACCGCCGUUCCCGAUGACGCAGCCAAAAAAGUCUCCGGCCUUCCCUCCUGGGUGCCAGACUUUGCAGCCAGCGGACCCUCCGCGUUCCUAGGGAUGAGGUGGCCACCAGGCGAAGCAUACUUUGACGCCUGUCGCUCUGUGCCAGCUGACUUUCGCAUCUUGGACAACAGUAUCCUGCAUGUGAAGGCAUUCUGUAUCGGGACAGUCUCUUUGCUCGGGGAAGUCUACUCAGAGCUGGCCGUGAAUGGAAGCUUCUCGCAAUGGGCCGACUUCCUCCUCCAAAGUGACCUGGUCUAUGGCCCAACAAAUCAGUGUCGCGUCGAGGCAUUUUGGCGAACACUGAUCCUCGACCGAGACGCCUUCAGCCACCCAGCGCCGCCAGGCUUGCAGAAAGCAUUCCACCAUUGGAUCGCGGACCACGUAGUAUGGGAAGUUUACUGUGCGACGAAGAAAGGGGCCGAUCUGGCGGAGUAUCUCAACCGCCUGGAGAGCAUCCAGAGACUCGCUGAAUCGGAUGUGAGCCGAACGGUACCGGACCAGGAGGUGAUCAAGGGGUAUCUCCAGAAGCUCAAGGAACUCGACACACGGGAGGAUAUAGAGGGUCUCUUUGACGGCUUCAGACAUCACUGCCAGGCGUACGUCAACCUGGCGUUCGAGACGUUGAUAUCUCGGGCUUGGAUGUCAAUCUUUGAGGCUAGGUGA